AUGCCUCGGGGUAAGAAGGGUAAGCUCCACACCUGUGACAAACGCCGCCAGGCUCAGCAUGGCACCCAGGAUCUGAGGGGCAGUCAGGUCACUGCCACCACGAUGGAAGCACUCUCCUCUUCCUCCAAUCCUGGUCCCAGGGUUGAUGCUAAGGGAAAGUCCGGUGCUAGGUCUGGUAACCAUCUCAAGCGUCCACGGGGGGCCCUGACCACCACCUCCCCUGUGCCUGCAAGUGUUUCUCCCACAAGAUCAUCCAAAAGAGCCAUUGGGGAAAUUGGGAAAACACACAAUUCCUCUCUUGCCCCUGUCUCCAAUGUGUGGUCUGGAAAACAUUCACUAACCAGGCCGACGAGUCUGUUGGUGCAGUUCCUGUUACACAUGUAUAAGAUGAGAAAGCCCAUUAGGAAAGUGAAUAUGCUGAAGAUUAUCGAUAAAAAGUACCACAAUCGAUUCCUCAGGAUCCUCAAAAGAGCUUCUGACAGCAUGGAGGUGGUAUUUGGUAUUGACGUGAAGAAAGACAACACUGCCAAGCAUUCUUAUGUCCUUGUCAGCAAGAUGAGUCUCCCCCGCAAUGGGAUCGUGCACCGUGGCAGGGGUUUUCCCAAGACCGGUCUCCCGAUGAAUCUCCUGGGUGUGAUCUUCAUGAAGGGCAACUGCGCCACAGAGGAAUACAUCUGGGAUUUCCUGAGUAAGAUGACUAUCUAUGCUGGGAAGAGGCACUUCAUAUUUGGGGAGCCCAAGAAGCUCAUCACCCAAGAUUUGGUGCAGCUGAAGUAUUUGGAAUAUCGGCAAGUGCCGGGCAGCGAUCCAGCAUGCUAUGAGUUCCUGUGGGGUCCGAGAGCGCAUGCUGAAACAAGCAAGAUGAGAGUCCUGGAGUUCCUGGCCAGGAUUAACCGUUUGGAUCCCAGUGCCUUCCACUUUUGGUAUGAAGAGGCUUUGAAAGAUGAGGAAGAGAGGGCCCAAGCCAACGGAUGUCCCAGUGUUCCUCCAGCAGUUCCUUCCACACCUAGUGAAGCUGAGGCAAAUUCUGCACUUUGUGGCUCGAGAGAGUAG